AUUUAUUUUGGCCGACAUUGACUAUGGAGUCUCACAAAUCAACCGACAUGGAAUAGGUCAUGUUGUGUGAAGUAAUAACAAUCAAAGCGAGAUAUCCACUAAAAUGAACUCCUACUACCCAGCAUCGUUUUUUGCACAAUAUUCAACAGACAAUAUACCGCAUAACGUGGGAUAUAAUUCCAACAAUUUUGGAUUAUUAUCGCGUUUUGCUGAUCAAAUUUCUGCAUAUCACAGUAAUAACUUUAAUAGUGACCAUCAUCAUCGUUUUUCCAACGGAUUUUCCUCUCAUCAUUCUCAACAGGAUUCACAUUUUCCGUCCCGGGAAAACUCGAGCAGCGAGAGCCCGGCAGGGGGAGGGAGCGGGGGGUCAGGACGAAUUCCGAGCUACCCUCAGCCCGCUCCAGCGCAUCAACCCGAGGAAAACAAUGUACCGAGGUCCUACAGCUCCUGUAGUACCGAUAACUGGAGUCCCCCUCCCCACGGGGUCCAGUCAGGGUCCCCAGACUCCCUGCACCACAGCACAAGUCCCUACUCCCCAGUGGAAAACAACAAUAACCCUUGUAAUAUGAUGUUGCAUAAGAAUAUGAAGUCGGACCAGAACUCCAGCGAACAACCAACUCCUUUUUAUCCGUGGAUGGGAAUUGUUGGUCCAAACUCUGCACACAGAAGACGCGGAAGGCAGACGUACAGCCGAUACCAGACGCUAGAGCUGGAGAAAGAAUUUCAAUUCAACCAUUAUUUAACGCGAAAACGACGAAUAGAGGUAGCCCACUCCUUGUGCUUAACAGAACGACAGAUAAAAAUAUGGUUUCAAAACAGACGAAUGAAACUCAAGAAAGAGAGACAAGCAAUAAAGGAGAUUAACGAUACUCCUGGUCUUCUUCCCUCAGACAAGAAAGACGACAAAAGUGACGGACUGUCGAGUGACGAGUCACCGUAAACACCCGAACUAUUCCGAACACCAACGAGAAAGCUUCAGACAAUUACAUGGGUAAAAGCUUUGUCUAUUCAGGCGAUACGGGUAAAAUAGUUCGUCACUUCUUGCCAUAUCUGAGAUAUCUAGUAACAUUAUGGCAAUUUUAAAUUAUUCCAAAGAUAUUAUGUUUUUUGUUACUCUUGUGAGGUAUUACAACUUAGAUCUCGUAUAUCUAUAUAAGCUUGGUCAUAAGGCGUAAGAACAACCGUGUCUGUGUGUCUGCUAGUCAGGAGGAUCCUCCCAGAGUGAUUAAGUGCGUGCUCCGUUAAGUGUUGUCUGCCCUUUAUGUUGAAAUAGGACUGCAGAUGGCGCUCUGUGGAUACGUGAUGUCGUCAUGUUUUAUUCACUGCGGAACUUUAUGUCGCAAAAAACUGGUUUGCUAAGAUUUUUUUCUCUGUGAUGAGACAAUGUUCAGUUCAAAUGAAAGGGUGUGAUAUUCAUUUGUGUGUUUAAUAUUGCAAUUACUUUGGACUGUUACAGAUUGAAUUCAUGAUAAACGAUAUAAUUGACAAUUAUGAGCUAAGGGUAAAAAGCUUCGCUACAUUCAUGGAUAUUUAAGAUAGGGUAAACUUUUAUAAAUAAUUGCUGCAUUACUGUAGACUAGGCAACGAUCACCAUAUUUUUGUACAACAUUCUUAUUAGUACUUAUGGUUUACAAUAUCAAUCUGCUGAAUGGAAUGAAAAUUGUGUGAAUAGACUUAAAUAUAUAAAAUACCUCAAAAUUUCUCUUCCAUUGUACAAAUAUGUGUGAUGCUUUUUGUACCGUUUUUAUCAUAACUCCGUCUCAGGGUUAUAGUUUGCCACAUCAUCUUAGAGAUAUGUUUACGCCCUAACCUUUAUUCAGAAGUAUCUUUUUGUUAAGCGAUGGAUAGGAACACUAUAUCAAUAGACAAACAUGAUGAACCAUCUCAGAUGGUGCAGUUUUAGUUUUUCUAACAUCUAAACCAUGAUUUUUGCAGUUUCAUGAAUUGCUGCCAAAAUAUUUGAGAAAGUUGCAAUAGAAGUUCCCCUGUUUUUUGUGUUGUGAUGUGCUGUUCUAACGAGACUGUUAUAUGAUUCAGAGAGAUUUUUUCUUAUAUGUUUGUUGACGUUUAGUUGUCUUACAUUGAUAAAACAAGUACUGCCAAUGUCAGUGGUGCAUUUCAAAUGUAAUAAAAUUUGUAAAGAGUAGAUGCAACUUGUUGUCUGAUGUAUGAAGGUACAAAGAAUUAGUCCCAAAUUCGAGAUAUAUUGUGCAAGGUAAAUUAAUAUACCUUGGCGAAGUUUUGUUCGACCUUUUUCGAAAAAAAUCUUUUGCGUCAUUUUCUCCCAAAGUAUAUCAAUUUUUCAUGCAAAAAAGCUUUAGUGCAGUUAUGAAACAGUCCAAGACUUGAAUACUUUUAUUAAAAGGAACCCCGAUUAAGAAUCAUUAACUUUUCGAACACUAAAUAAUUGGGAAGAAAUUUGUACAUUUCAUGAUGUAAGUACAUGUAAACAUGUAUAAAAAUGUUUUAUAAUAAAUAAAUACGAGUAAGUAUUACGAAAAAUAAAUAAUUUCUUAUAAAGUAGGGUAACUCGAGAUUGAGACUGUAGCUCUACAAGAUGCUCAACUUACGAAAGAAAAAAGAAGCAUUGGAACUUUAAAAUCUCUCAACAGCAAUAAUGAAAAUGUAAUCAUUGGUUUAAUCCUUUUUCUAUUACAAUUUAAUUAAAAUGGAACAAAAACUGUAGAAUUAAUAGUCUUUUUAAAAAAUUAAUUUCACUUAUCAUGUUUGUUCAAAUAAAAAAUCAAUGCAAAUGAAUAUAUCUUAGUGAAUUUUAAUAGUGUUCCAAGUUUUAUUGCGGAAAGCUGACCAAAUGUGUAAGAGAAAAGCCAUUUUGAAGGAAAUGUUUAGUUUAGCAAACGAUAUUUUCAGUAAACAUGGCGACACCAUUCAUUAAAAUAAAAAAAAUCUUAUAAUCAUUAAUACGCAACUAAUUGUAGUCUACUUUUUUCAGUGGAGUCUACAUGUGUACUAUGUUAUGUUGAACUUGAACCAAAAACUAUAGAAAGAGUAGCAUUUUUGGAAAUAAAUGUUUACAAACAGACAAA